GUCCGUCGAUCGCCGAGGAUAGCGAUUUCUGCCCGAGGUGGUUUGCUAGAAUUUAGAAAAUGAUAAUUUCCCUCGUGUCUGCAACCCGCUGUCCUGUGUGUAUUUAAAGCAAAAACAAAUAAAAAAAUACGUACCCACAAAAAUGAACUCAAAUAAAUUGAUUGCGCUGUUAUUGCUAGAAGAAGAAGAGGAAGAGGAGCUGGUACUAGCAACACUCAAAGGUUCCAAUAGGCCAGUGGAUAAGUUGUUUUUGUUUCGCAAUACGGAAGGCGCCUUUAAUAUCACCGUGCAGAGAAGGCUUUUUGGAAAUGAAUCCAAAUUUAGGGAGUAUUUUAGACUUUCCACAGAACUUUUCGAGCUUGUGUUGAGUUUUGUUAAAGACGACAUUUCCAAGAAACCUACCAAUAGAAUCAAAUGCCCUAUUUCUGCUGAAGAGAAGCUUUGCAUUACAUUGAGGUAUCUAGCUACAGGGGAGACCUUCAGAUCGCUAGCGUUUCAAUAUCGCCAGCAUCACAGCUGGAUUAGCGUUUCUGUUAGAGAAGUGCUACGCAGCAUUAGGGAACGCAUGCUUCCAAUUUUUAUACCAAAACUCUCAGAAGAACGCAUGAGAGCAAAUGCCCAAGAUUACAAUGAAUUGUGGAACUUUCCUAAUUGUUGCGGAUCCAUUGAUGGAAAGCAUGUCCGAAUACAGUGUCCGAAGGCAGCAGGGUCACUUUUUUAUAACUACAAGCAGUUUCAUUCUAUUGUAUUGCUGGCUAUAAUAGAUGCAAGAUAUAGGUUCAUCGCAAUUGAUGUCGGUUCCUGCGGGCGAGAAGGAGAUGCAAUGCAGCUGAGCGAUUCCGCUGUAAUCAGACUGGACAGAUAUGAACCGACCAGUCGUCACAGGUCGGCGGAGAGGAAUGCGUCCGUUCAGAUGAGCGGAACCGAGGAAACCAAUCCCAAUUGA